AAAACGCGCUCUUUCGUGAUAAUAUUUAUUGACAUACAAUGGCGUGUCCCCACAUUAAAAACACUUCAUUUAAAGUACCAUCUGCCUAUACUCAAGUUCAUAAAGAAGAAUGCACCCAGUGCUUUGAGUCUCAAGAUGGCUUGGGUGGCAUUGAUGUUUGUCUCACAUGUUUCAAUGGAGGCUGUGCAGAAACUGAACAAUGUCAUGCCAAAACUCAUUACAACACAAGUCACCAUCCCCUAGCCGUGAAUAUUCGUCGCAGAAUUGUGUCUGAAAAGCCAAAGAGGACUGAGGAUGAAUCCCCUCCUCCUCAGAAGAUUAGCAAACUUGCGAUUGUCCCAGACAGCGAGACAAUCAAAUACGAGUUCUUCACAAAAGUCCGCUGUCGUGCUUGCCCAGGAGUAGAAGUAUCCAAGGAUACCACUCCAGAGUUGAACGCAAUUGUUGAAGCUAUCCUGGCAACUUUGUCAUCAGCUAAACAAUCAGAGGUUAAAGCAUGGGAAGAGGAGAUAUACCCAUGCGAGCAUACACUUUGCCUUACACAAGAUUCUCCCAAGAAACUGGAAACGCAGGAUCUUGCUCACUGUACAGAGUGUGAUCUUAAAGAGAAUCUUUGGCUUUGCUUAACUUGUGGCACCCUUCACUGCGGCAGAAAACAUUACGACGGAUCAGGUGGAAACAAUCAUGGCAUUGAGCAUUUCGAGAAGACUUGGCAUGUAGUUUCGUGCAAGCUUGGAACAAUCACACCUGAAGGAACAGCGGAUAUCUACUGCUACAAAUGUAAUGACGCCAAACUGGAUAAUGAGCUUGCUGUACAUUUAGCCAACUGGGGAAUAAAUAUAUCUCAGCAAUUGAAGACAGAGAAAAAUAUGACUGAACUUCAAUUGGAGCAAAACAUGAAAUUUGACUUUAGUAUGACAACUGAAGAUGGAAAACAAUUGGAGCCCAAGUUUGGUCCCGGAUAUACUGGAUUAAAAAAUCUUGGAAACAGUUGCUAUAUGGCUUCUAUCAUCCAAGCUGUAUUUGAUAUCAACACCUUCCAAGACCGUUACUUUAUUCAACUUCAAGACCACGCUUCUGUCUGUCAAAACGAUCCCGCAAACUGCUGGGAUUGUCAACUUCACAAAUUAGCCGAUGGACUUUUGUCUGGAAACUACUCUCUUCCAAUUCCUUCUACCACAGACAAUGAUACACUGAGUCAGGAAGGAAUUGCUCCUGGAAUGUUCAAGACACUCUUUGGAAAAGGUCACGAAGAGUUUGCAUCCAUGCGCCAGCAGGAUGCUUAUGAAUUCUUCCAACUUUUCUGUAAAACAGUAUCUCAGAAAGAACAUACUAAUAAAGACCAGGAUCCUACCCAGACGUUCGAGUUUUCCUUGGAGCAACGCUUGCAGUGUGGAAAAUGCAGAAAGAUUCGUUAUCAAGUUGAUCCAAGUAGCAGUCUUUCAAUUAAUGUUCCAGCAAAGAGAAUUGGAGAGGAGGACUCAAAGACACUUUAUGAGCCAGUUGGCUUUUAUGAAUGCUUGGACAAUUUUGUACAGGAGGACACAGUGGAAGGUUACAACUGUCCUCAUUGUAAGGAAAAGACUACUGCAUUUAAGUCUGUCAAGUUUAACACUUUCCCUGAUGUCUUGGUUAUUCAUGCCCGCAGAUUUGCCUUUGUUGACUGGGUGCCAAGAAAGCUGGAUGUAAAAAUUACUUUUCCAAAGGAGCCUAUUAACCUGGAUAAAUAUCUUGGUACUGGCCAGCAACCGGGAGAAGAUGUUCUCCCAGAAGAUGAAGUGCUUGCUGAAGCACCUUCGUUUGAUCAGUCUGCAGUCGAACAGCUCAUGGGCAUGGGCUUCCCUGAGAUUCGUUGCCAAAAAGCGCUGAUCAACACUGGCAACAAUGGUGCCGAAGUAGCAAUGAACUGGCUAUUUGAACACAUGGAUGAUCCUGACAUUGAUGCCCCUCUUGCUACAGCGCCACCUUCUUCUGGUCCAACUGAUGACCAGAUAACAACAUUGUGCGAUAUGGGUUUCACCCCUGCUCAGGCCAAGAAAGCAUUAAGAGAAACUAAUAACUCUACAGAGCGUGCUUUGGACUGGCUCUUUAAUCACCCCGGAGAUUUGGGUGAAGCUGGGUCGUCUGAUCCUUCAAGUGGUCCUUCUAUUCCAGGAGAUGCCACACCGCCUUUUGAUUAUAGAGUCAAAUCUUUUGUCUCUCACAAAGGUACAUCUGUACACUGUGGACAUUAUGUAGCUCAUGUUCGCAAAGAGGGUGAGUGGGUACUGUUCAAUGACAACAAGGUUGCUAUUGCACCGAACCCUCCUAUUGGUGAGGCAUAUGUCUAUUUCCUUCAAAGAUUUCAUUCUGGGAAAAGUUACACCGAAUAAGUCUUGAUGAUGCAUGUAUAUAUAUUGAUUGCAGAACCUUCUAAUUAAAAUGAAGCGGACAAUAUUUAAGCGACUACAGCUGUAUUCAUAUCAUUUAACAUGCUUAAAUCAAUUUAAAUAUAUCUGUUUUAUUUUGUAUACAU